AGAGGCGCUUCCGGCGGCGGCAGCAGCAGCGAUUGUGGUGGUUCCGGGUGUCUUUGUCCCCCGGUGUCGCGGCCCUGGCCCGCAGGUUUUCCCCAAGAUACUGAAAAAGGACAGCCUUCCUAAUGUCCCAGUUUAAGCGCCAGCGGAUCAGUCCCCUUCCCGGUGGCCGCAACUUCUCAGGCGCAGCAUCGACAUCUCUCCUGGGUCCUCCUCCUGGUUUGCUCACUCCCCCUGUUGCCACAGACCUGUCCCAAAAUGCCAGGCACCUUCAGGGUGGGGAGAAGCAGCGGGUAUUCACUGGCAUUGUUACCAGCUUGCACGACUACUUUGGGGUAGUGGAUGAAGAAGUCUUUUUUCAGCUAAGUGUGGUGAAGGGCCGGCUGCCCCAGCUGGGUGAAAAGGUGCUGGUGAAGGCUGCAUACAACCCAGGCCAGACAGUGCCCUGGAAUGCUGUCAAGGUGCAAACACUCUCCAACCAGCCUCUGCUGAAGUCACCAGCACCUCCUCUUCUGCAUGUGGCAGCCUUGGGUCAGAAGCAAGGGAUCCUGGGAGCUCAGCCUCAGUUGAUCUUCCAGCCACACCGAAUUCCCCCACUCUUUCCUCAGAAGCCCCUGAGUCUUUUCCAAACAUCCCACACACUUCAUCUGAGCCACCUGAACAGAUUUCCUGCUCGAGGUCCUCAUGGACGAUUGGAUCAGGGCAGAAGUGAUGACUAUGACUCCAAGAAGCGCAAACAGCGUGCUGGUGCAGAGCCUUGGGGUGCUAAGAAACCAAGGCAUGACUUGCCUCCUUACCGGGUCCAUCUUACUCCCUAUACUGUGGACAGCCCCAUCUGUGACUUCUUAGAACUCCAGCGUCGUUACCGCAGCCUCCUGGUUCCCUCUGAUUUUCUGGCUGUUCAUCUGAGUUGGCUGUCAGCCUUCCCUCUGAGCCAGCCCUUUUCCCUUCAUCAUCCAAGCCGCAUCCAGGUAUCUUCUGAGAAAGAGGCAGCUCCAGACCCUGGUGCUGAGCCCAUCCCUGUAGACAGUGAUUCUGCAUACAGUUCCAAGGUUCUAUUGUUGUCUUCCCCGGGAUUGGAGGAAUUGUAUCGGUGUUGCACAUUGUUUGCAGAUGACAUGGCUGAGCCAAGGGAGACACCAGAACACCCUUUGAAGCAGAUUAAGUUUUUGCUGGGCCGUAAAGAUGAAGAGGCAGUGCUGGUUGGGGGUGAGUGGUCUCCUUCUUUGGAUGGCCUUGACCCCAAGGCCGACCCGCAGGUGCUAGUACGCACUGCCAUCCGCUGCGCGCAAGCUCAGACCGGCAUUGACUUGAGCAGCUGCACUAAGUGGUGGCGCUUCACUGAGUUUCAGUACCUACAGCCAGGACCCCCACGGCGGCUCCAGACAGUGGUGGUGUACCUGCCAGAUGUCUGGACUAUCAUGCCUACUCUAGAAGAGUGGGAGGCCCUGUGCCAGCAGAAAGCUGCAGAGGCGGCUGUGCCUUCUCAGGAGGCGCCAGUGGAAACUGAGUCUUCUGAGCAGGCAAUGGAUGCAUCAGAACAAACAGCAGACACCUCUAAACAGAAUGCAGAGAAUCCAGAGGUCACUGCACAGCAGGAAAUGGACACUGAUCUCCCAGAGGCCCCUCCACCUCCUCUAGAACCUGCUGUCAUUGCACGUCCUGGCUGUAUGAACCUCUCUCUCCAUAGUAUUGUGGAGGAUCGGAGGCCAAAAGAAAGGAUCUCCUUUGAGGUUAUGAUACUAGCUGAGCUGUUUCUGGAGAUGCUGCAGAGAGAUUUUGGUUAUCGGAUUUAUAAGACACUCUUGAGCCUUCCUGAAAAGGUCGUGACUCCACCUGAACCUGAGAAGGAGGAGGCAGCCAAAGAGGAAGCAGCCAAGGAGGAAGAAGUGGUCAAAGAGGAGUUAGGCAAGGAGGCAAAGGAUGAAGUUCAGAAUGAGAGAGCAACUGCUGAGCCAGACACCCCCCUGAAAGAAGAUGGAAUUUUGCCCAAACCUGCAUCUUCUGGGGGAGAGGAAGAAGAGAAACCCCGGGGUGAAGCAUCUGAGGACCUCUGUGAGAUGGCUCUUGACCCAGAAUUACUACUUCUGAGGGAUGAUGGAGAAGAGGAAUUUGCAGGAUCAAAACUGGAGGAUUCAGAAGUACGGUCCGUUGCUUCAAACCAGUCAGAGAUGGAAUUCUCUUCCCUUCAGGACAUGCCGAAGGAGCUGGAUCCCUCCACUGUGCUCCCCUUGGAUUGUCUUCUUGCUUUUGUGUUCUUUGAUGCCAACUGGUGUGGCUAUUUGCACCGGAGAGACUUGGAAAGGAUCCUACUUACCCUUGGACUCCGGCUCAGUGCAGAACAGGCCAAAGAGCUGGUCAGCAGGGUCGUGUCCCAGAACAUUUGCCAGUACCGGAGCCUUCAGUAUAGCCGCCAGGAAGGUGUGGAUAGUGGACUUCCUGAGGAGGUGCUCUUUGGAAAUCUUGAUCUGCUACCUCCUCCUUCUGGGAAAAGCGCAAAACCAAGUGUUGCCUCUGUGGAACAUAAAGGCCUGGUGUCCCACAACGGCAGCCUGAUCAAUGUGGGGAACCUGCUGCAGCGUGCAGAGCAGCAGGACAGUGGGCGGCUCUACCUGGAGAACAAGAUUCACACACUGGAACUGAAGCUGGAGGAGAGCCAUAACCGAUUUUCAGCCACUGAAGUAACGAAUAAAACACUGGCAGCAGAAAUGCAGGAGCUGCGAACACGGUUGACUGAAGCUGAGGAGACGGCCCGGACAGCUGAACGACAGAAGAACCAGCUUCAGCGGCUGCUACAGGACUUCCGAAGGCGCCUGACUCCCUUACAACUUGAGGUGCAGCGCAUGGUUGAAAAGGCUGAUAGCUGGGUAGAGAAAGAGGAGCCAGCACCUACCAACUGA